AUGAGACUCACUCACCCUGCACUGUUGCUGGCCCUGUGCCAAAUUGCUUCAGCAUCGCCAUGCAAGCCCUCUUCUUCAGUCACUUUCAGUGCUCCUACGAGUACCGACAAUGAGUCCGCAUCAUCUGCGACUGAAACAUCGACGGCGCUCUCGGUGGAAACAGGCUCAUCCACUGUCUCUCAUGACGCAACGUUGACUGCUUCUGAGACCUCAUCGACCUCCGACUUGUCAAUCUCCACGACUUUUGUGUCAACUUCAAACGCAGAGACUACAACUUCAGUCGAAGUGACAACUACACUUGAAGCGACAACAGACUUGUCGACAAUCGUGGAUGAGACCAGAACCACUUUUGAGAGCGAGACGUCUGCUACUCUCAUCUCGACUACCACCGCUGAGGCUUCAACCACCACAGCAGCAGAACCCGAAAUCCCAUCCAACCGUGUCCUCAACCCCGGCUUUGAGGAUGCAUUGGUAGCCCCCUGGCAGUUUAUGUCCGGAUCGUUAUCCCCUUCGUCAUCUGAAGUCCACACUGGCGCCCAAGCCGGUUUCUUCACCGGCACCGCCCCCCUAACCUCAUUGAUGGGCUCCAAACAAAUGAUCAACCCAGCUUGGAUCACGCCCGGCAAGAGCUACAAGUUCUCCGCCUGGGUUCAUAUUACAGAUACUAUUAACUGUGGUUACCGCACGAUAGUAUGUGGUCAUGGCAACGGGCAAGGAACGACGAGUGCAGUUGGUUUCAUUGGGAACACAGCGGAUUUCGCCUUGGCGAGUGUGACGUGUUCCUGGACGCAGGCGCAGUGGGAGGCUGGGCCGAGUGUGCAGAUUAGGAGUUAUUGCUCGGGAUUUUCUUUCUAUAUGGACGAUGCAACCUUGGAGGAGGUUGAGACACUGGGGUGA